CGUUCAUUGAACAUCAGCUUCAGUUCACUUUAAACAGUUUUUCUUUCAAUUUAUUUUCCUACUUCUUCCCCUUCAAUCCUUUCAACAACAUGAAGUUCGUAUUUGCCGUAGUCAUGUUGGCUCUUGCCGUCGGUGUUCAAUCAUCUUUGAUUGCUCAACAUGCUCCUGGUGUAUCGUAUGUCGCCGCACAUCCAGUUGGUCCCUGGGGAGCACCAUUGGGACUUCAUGGCGGUUGGGGUGGUCAUGCCGCUAUUGAUCAUAGUGCAUGGGGCGGACCCUUAGGCGGUCAUGGUGCUUGGGGUGGUCAUGGUGCCUGGGGUGGUCAUGGUGCCUGGGGUGGUCAUGGUGCCUGGAGUGGUAUUCCCGGCAUCUCUCUAGCCCAAGGACCUGCUCUUGGUCAUGCUGGUCUCGGUAUCGGACUUGGUCAUGGACUCGCCCAUGGUGCUCAUGGUCCCGGCGUUUAUGUUGCUAAGACUCGUGGUGCUGUUCAUACAGCUCCUUUGGCUGGUCAUAUUGCCUCUGCCACUUCCGUGAAUGUGGCUCCAGCUCCCGGUACCCAUUAAAUGGCAGACAAUCAAUGAAAGGCACCACCAACCCCCCCAAAACUAAAAUCUCAUAGUUCUAUUCGUAUCUAGCUUUUAAAGCGCUCUUCCAUGGCACACACAAUCAACAUCAUAGCGCUUUGGCAUAUCGUCUAUUGAAUAUAUAGGCCAACAACAAUCAGGAAAACUUUAUGAUUUCUACGAACUUUUUGUUAUCUGUUCUGUAUCUGUAACUAUUUUCUAUGUCUUUUCCUUAAGCUAUAUUUUUCUUUAUCUAUCCUUCUCAUUAAAUAUAAAUAUUGUGUAGUAAUGCAAGAACUUAUGUAAAUAAAUUUUAGAAAAAAAUUAAUAUUUUCUAAGAUAUAAAGUUAAAUAAACAAAUUUAUAUACAUACAUACAAUACAUAAA